AUGGCUUUGCCACAUAACAUAGAAGCGGCAAGAGAAGACCCGAGGGUUCUGGUCGAUAGCUUGUACGCCUGGAGAAACGUCAAGGAGUCCUACUUGGCAGCGGCCACUUCACGCCUAGGAGAACAGCUUGCCUCGAGCGGCCUCACGGAACAGCGUGAUGUGUUACUGCAGCAUGUGAAUGAAUUUGUAGGUCAUGUGUUCAUGCUAACUGAACCGAAUGUCCGAGUGAACGGGAAGAACUUAGAGGACGUGGUCGAAGAUGAAGAAGAUACGGAGCCAUUCGACGAAGCGCUCGAUAGACAUAUAUGGUCACUAGCGGAUCAACGCAUGAAAUGGCAGUCAGAAAUCGCGAACAAACGCCGCCUUAUCCCUUCACAGGUUUCUCAGCUCAUGAGCGAUCUAUCCGAGCGCCAGAGAUCCGUAUACGCGCAGGCGGGGUUUGCAGAAGAACCCCAGGAUGCUGACAGUGAACCUGAGGUCCAGAAUGAAGGUAGUUCAUUGCUUUGCUAUCGCUCGUAG